GGUGCCAGCACGGGCAGGCUGGGCGCUGACGUCCCGCGGGUGUGCCGGUUAAAGCGCGGCUCGGGAGCGGCGCGGACACAUGUGAGCACAGCCGCGGAGGAGCCAUGGCCUCAGCCGGUCCCCCUGCGGCCACCACGCAGCCGGCCCUGCCCUCCGGCACCGCCGUCCUCAGAACCAUCCCCUACGCGUUCAUCCUGCCCGAGAUCUUCUGUGGGACCUGGGUGUGGAUCCUCGUCGCUGCGACCUCCGUCUCCUUCCCGCUGCUGCAGGGAUGGGUGAUGUACGUGUCCCUCACCUCCUCCCUCAUCUCCCUGCUGCUGCUCUUGAGCUACCUCUUUGGCUUGCACAGAAACAGUGAGAACUGGAAAGUGCUGGACAGUCUGUACCAUGGUGCCACAGCCAUUCUGUACAUGAGCGCUGCUGUCCUGCAAGCCAACGCGACCAUCCGCUCUGAGUCUGACCUCAACUCACCCCUUUACUACCAUCUCAACAGUGCUGCAUCGGUGAGUGGGGCAGAGCACACCUUGGGGCAGGCAGGACUCCCUUGGGGGAGACGCAAGAGCAAGUACUCAAGCCACAGCAGAGCCAUCCCAAGCCCAUCAUGCUGGUCAGAGCUCCAGCUCCUCCUGUCUGCUGUGUCAUGCAGCCAGUGUGGGCUUCUCAGGGUCCAGCAGCCCAUAGAAACGUAGGAAACAUGGGGCUUUGCUGCUUCUUUUGAGGAUGGAGAGAGCUCUAGGUUGGAGGCUUCCCUGGGUUGAGAGCAUCGAGAUGGGGUUAGACUCUCCAAGCUGAUGCUCUUCUUCCUCUCAUGCAGUUAUUUGCCUUCAUCACGACCUUCUUGUACAUCCUCCACGCCUUCUGCAUCUACUACCAAUGAGCCUGGCAGCACCAGCUUCACCUCUGCAGGACGAGGGCUCCUUCCCAGCACAAGGGAUGCAGCUGUUGUCCACCAGGGUGUCCCUGCCACCCCCUGUGGGAGGGCCGUUACCUUCUCACUUCAUGGAAGGAGGGAUCUGUGUACAGUAAUGUCAUGUUGGUGUGCUCGUGGGGACAUUCCGUGCCUUGCCCAUGGGCUGUGCCAGGCAGCAGGCUCCGAGCCAGCCUCCCGCUCCGACCUUCUGCCAAGUAGAGACGACCAAGGAAAGGAAAAAGAAAAUCACUGUUCCUUCAGCAAACAAUGUCUUUUCUUGUAUUAUUUUCCUGUCUCUGGUGCAGUCAGAUCACCCCCCAGACCAUAAAUCCAUAACAA